CUCCGUGUGAUCCCGGGCGCAUCGGCAAGUGUUUCGAGAGAUAGCAUCUGCUUUCUGCGCUCGAAAGGGGGAAAUUUGUUUAUUUCAAAAUCAGCGUUCUUCGUUUUCACGGGCGUACACCUGAAACAAAGACCAGACCCUGCCUGCGCUCACCCUACAGCAAUUGGCCCGGAGAGCAGCGAUGCAUGGCGUGUGAGCAGCCCGCGAUGGCGCACCGGAAGAGGCCAGGGACCAGCGGCAGCAUGGCGGAGCCCCGCCCCCGGCCCCGCCCGGCCCCCUUUCCCGUGGAGGAGGAGUGCGAUGAGGGGCCCCGGGCCGAGCGCCCCGCCUACUGCGCGCCCCGGGAGGCCGAGCCCAAGGACAGCCGCCCGGAGUCGCCCGACACGCCCGACCACACCCUCCCGGACGACUGCCACGCCCACCCGGACAGCGCGGACGGAGACUCCAGCUCCGACUAUGUCAACAACACGUCGGAGGAGGAGGACUACGACGAGGGGCUGCCCGAGGAGGACGAGGGCGUGACCUACUACAUCCGCUACUGCCCCGAGGACGACAGCUACCUGGAGGGCAUGGACUGCAACGACGGCGACUAUGCCAGCGUCCACGCCGAGCCGCCCGCCGACACUGACGAGUGCCAGGAGGCGGUGGAGGAGUGGGCGGAGUCCGAGGGGCGGGGCGAGGGGCUGGAGCAGGACGGCGACGCACGGGGGUACGAGGAAGCGCCCGAGCCCGUCCCUGAGCAUCACUCCGCCCCGCUGCAGGAGCCUUUGCCCCGGGACGAAGAGGAGGAGGAGGAGGAAGGGGAGGAGAGCGAGGAGUACUGCCCCAACGAGGAGGACGAGGGCGACGGCGGGGACGGGGGCCACUACACGGGCGACUACUACGCCCCCGAGGACAACGGGAACUCGGUGCGCGCCUCGCCGUACCACGGCCGCCGCGGGGCGGAGGGCGAGGGGGCGGAGGACGCCGAGGAGGACAUCGACCAGAUCGUGGCGGAGAUCAAGAUGAGCAUGAGCAUGGGAAGCCUGAGCAGCAGCACGGACCAGAGUCCCGAGGAGCUGCCGACCGACGCCGCCCCCCCCGCCAAGCCCGAGCCUGCCCCCCACGCCCCCCACGCCCCCCACCGCCACGAGGGCCGGCCCAAAUCCCUCAACAUCCCCCCGGCCCGACACAGCAACCCCGACUUGCAGAGGGGCUUCAAGGCGCGGGCCCAGACCCCCGACGAGAGACCCAAAUGGACACAGGAACAGGUGUCCAACCACGUGGAGCCACCGAGGAGGCAGCACCGCUCGGACCUCAAUGGGCCGGUGGAGAACAACAACACCCCCGAGCAAACAAAGAAGACUGCCUCUUUCCCCAGCUUUGUUGAUGUCCCUGGACCCUGUGAGCCGGAGGACCUCAUCGAUGGCAUCAUCUUCGCCGCCAACUACCUGGGCUCCACCCAGCUGUUGUCCGAGAGGAACCCGUCCAAGAAUAUCCGCAUGAUGCAGGCCCAGGAGGCGGUGAGCCGGGUCAAGAGGGUUCAGAAGGCUGCCAAAAUCAAGAAAAAGGCGAGCCCAGAGGGAGACGCCCAGACGCUGACUGAGGUGGACCUGUUCAUAUCCACACAGAGGAUCAAAGUGCUGAAUGCCGAUACACAGGAGACGAUGAUGGACAACGCGCUGCGGACGAUCUCGUACAUCGCGGACAUCGGGAACAUCGUGGUGCUGAUGGCGCGCCGCCGCAUGCCGCGCACCGCCUCGCAGGACUGCAUCGAGACCACGCCCGGCGCCACCGAGGGCAAGAAGCAGUACAAGAUGAUCUGCCACGUCUUCGAGUCCGAGGACGCACAGCUGAUUGCUCAGUCCAUAGGACAGGCAUUCAGCGUGGCCUACCAAGAGUUCCUGAGGGCCAACGGGAUCAACCCUGAGGACCUGAGCCAGAAAGAGUACAGCGACAUCAUCAACACGCAGGAGAUGUACAAUGAUGACCUCAUCCACUUCUCCAACUCGGAGAACUGCAAAGAGCUGCAGCUGGAGAAGCAGAAGGGGGAGAUCCUGGGCGUGGUCAUCGUGGAGUCAGGGUGGGGCUCCAUCCUGCCCACCGUCAUCCUGGCCAACAUGAUGAACGGAGGCCCCGCCGCCCGCUCCGGCAAGCUCAGCAUCGGGGACCAGAUCAUGUCCAUCAACAACACCAGCCUGGUGGGGCUGCCCCUCGCCACCUGCCAGGGCAUCAUCAAGGGCCUGAAGAACCAGGUUCAGGUGAAGCUGAACAUCGUUAGCUGCCCCCCUGUCACCACUGUCCUCAUCAAGCGGCCGGACCUCAAGUACCAGCUGGGCUUCAGCGUGCAGAAUGGCAUAAUCUGCAGUCUGAUGCGCGGGGGCAUCGCCGAGCGAGGGGGUGUCCGCGUCGGCCACCGCAUCAUCGAGAUCAACGGCCAGAGCGUGGUGGCCACCGCCCACGAGAAGAUCGUCCAGGCCCUGUCCAACUCCGUGGGCGAGAUCCACAUGAAGACCAUGCCGGCAGCCAUGUUCAGACUCUUAACCGGACAGGAGACUCCCAUGUACAUCUAGAGCCGGAAUUGACUUUCUUUCAUAUGGAGAGCCAUAAACAGACGCUGUUUACACAUGCCGGGGGGGUUGGACGGACACACGCCCCCCCCCCCCCCCCCCCCCCA